AGGUUCAAGCAUAAUCAACUGAGGGGUUAUUUGUAUGCUGGGAGAACAUGUCUGUGAAGGUGCAGCGCUUUGACAGCGAUACUAUCCUGGUAUAACACAGCAGUGUGCCUAUCCCACCCACAAGACGUAAUACAUCACAAGCUGCCUGAUCAUAUGAUGUUGCAUUAGAGACGCUGGAGGGGAUCUGUGGAUUUCACAUUUAUGGGAUCUUAUAGAAUGAUCACUCUUCAUGCAGCAGAGCAGGACAUUUUGUAGCAAGACAACAUUUACAGCUACAGCAUCUUUCACCAAAAAACCACAAACGCCUCAACAACGGAACUGACUGAGAUACAUGCUAAUGGAGGAGGAAAACGAGUGCUCCUCUCUACCGGAUGUCACAGAUUCAGUUCUUCAGCAGCCUCAACAAGAUUCAUGGACUUCCAUCGGCCACCAGUGCAUGAAUGGAGGGGAGGAGACCAUUGUGUGGGGCGACACAGAGGUGCAGAUAAACCAGGCACAUGGGACGGAUCAACUCAGUCUCUCCCUAGAGGCAGGACGAGAGUCUCCUGAGGAGGUAGAACAGUAUGAGCAGAUAAUAUGGCCGGUGCACCCCAUGACCUGCAGCAGUGCUUCACUUUCCUUCGCCACCGUGCAGUGGGACAUGCCCGAUCCCUCUGCAGAGACACCUUCACUCAUGACUGACAGCAGCUCGGCCAAUGAGCCGAGCUCAGGCGUUGUGACGAGUCUAGACUCCACUUCCUCGUCGCUUCACCAACCUCAAGGCGUCAAUGCUGAAUUUUUCAUACGGCAGGAAGAAGAUGAGUUGCUACGCAACUCAAAUCUUGAGUGGACAGGAAACGGCUCCGAGCCAUGUGAUGCUGCAGAUGUGCAAGAGCCGCCGACACAGGAAAGGGAAGAUCCAACACAUGAGCUGUUAGAAAGUAAUAACGACAUCCCACAGAGGGCAGACUUAGAAGAAGAGGACGGACACUCAGUAACCUCAUAUCCUGUUGAGACGGUGGACUUAAUCAACAUUCUUGAAGGGAUUGAUGUCUCAGAAGAUGAAGGGGACAGUUUUGUAGAUUUAAAACUAGAAGGGGAACAGGAGGAGCCCGGCGUUCUGCUGACUGGACAGGGAGACUCAGAGGAAGAGCAAACUUCAGCGGACGUUGUUGAGGACGAGGAAGAGGGCGAGGUAGAAGAGGAGGAGCAGAUAAACGUGUCCUGUACUGAAGAAAGUGAAGUGGCAAAAGUUGUCAGUUGUCUGAGUGAUGUGGAGUUUCCUACAGAGCCACUUCAAACUGAUGAUACUGGACCAGCCAUAAACCCAGAUAGACUGAUUGAUCUGCAGCAGUCAGAGCUUUUGGAGGAAAGGCAACACUCAGAGACUGAAGAGGACAUAGAGAUACCAGAACGGCUACAUGAAGAUCCCACUGGUCAGACUGCAGAGCCAGAAAUGUGCGAAGAUGUAGAUCAGAACGUGGACCCUGAACAGUCAGAGGCUGCGGACGACAUCGAAGAACUAGCGUCAGAUAAUGCAGAGAGGAUAGAAAACUCACCAGAGAAAAUAGAGCUGACUGAAGAACCGGAGGAGACGAGUUGUUUAGAGGAACAAGAUUGUGACCACACGUCGCAGCACGUAGAUCUUUCACCACAGCCUGAACAAGCUGAGUCCGAGCAGCUUGAGGUGACCGAAGAGUUAAAGGAGAUCCAGGCAGAGCUGACACCAGACUCUGACCAGUUAGGACAGUCGCAGCAUCUGGAACAGCCGCCAGAGAUGGAACUGACGGAGAAGUCAACCCAACAUAAAACUCCAGACCUGCCAGAGGACUCUACUCAGUCAGAGCAGACAGUUUCUGUCCGAGUGGCAGAGCGGCAAGAACAGACGGAGCCGUCAGAGCAGAAUGAGCAGAAUGAGCAGACGCUGCAAACGGACGACUUGUCUCGUCCAACGCUCUCUGGGCAGCUCGUGCAGCCAGAGACAGAUGAGUCAGAAAUAACGGAGCAUCUGUCUCCUGAUCCCGAGGUCACACAGCAGACGGCAGAGGCCGAGGCCGAGUCCAACCAGGUGGACAAACAGGCUGAGACGUUACAUCAGGGUGAAGAAGUAGGAGGUGCUAAGGAGGGCUCCGUGCAAACAGUCGUUGCAAAUGAAGAGCGUCCCAGAUCCCCUGAGACAGGAGCGCCUCAUAUGAAUGGAGACGCGGUGAACAGAGAGAUGGCCCGCCGCCUCGCCGAGCGGCUGUUUAAGUUGGAUGGGAUCCAACGUGUCGAUGUGGUGAAGCACUUAGACAAAGAUAAUGACUUCAGUCGAGCUGUCGGUGAGGAAUACCUGAAACUAUUUGACUUCACCAAGCAAACUCUCGAUCAUGCCCUGAGGUCUUUUCUGAAAGUGGUGGUGCUGAUAGGAGAGACCCAGGAGAGAGAGCGUGUGCUGCAGCAUUUUGCCUGCCGCUUCCAUCAGUGCAACCCCGACUCCUUUACCUCUUCAGAGUCUGUGUUGGCCCUCACAUGUGCUCUGAUGCUUCUCAACACUGACUUGCAUGGACAGAAUGUAGGGAAAUCAAUGUCCUCGGCUAAGUUUGUGUCCAACCUCGAUGGGAUGAAUGAAAAAGAAAACUUCAGCAAGGAUCUCUUGAAGAGUCUUUACAAUUCCAUAAAGAGUGAGCCGCUGCAGUGGGCUAUUGACGAGGAGGAGUUGAAGAGCUCCGUGUUGGUGGACGAGGACGCAGCAGAAGAUGCUCCGCUGCGUUCAAAGGCGAACCCCUUCCAGGACAUUCCUCAUGACAAAACGGCAUCUGUGGUCAAACAGGGAUUCCUCCAGAGAAAGCUGCACGCUGACAUUGACGGCAAACGCACUCCGUGGGGAAAGAGAGGCUGGAAGACCUUCUAUGGAGUGGUGAGGGGAAUGGUCCUUUACUUACAGAAGGAUGAUUAUAGGAGGGAUCAGCCGAUCGACGAGGAGGUGGUGAGUUUGCACCACUCUCUGUCCGAGCAGGCGUCCGACUACACCAAGAAGCCUCACGUCUUCCGUUUGCAGACGGCCGACUGGAGGGUUUUACUCUUUCAGGCCUCGUCCAAAGUGGAGAUGUAUUCGUGGAUCAGCCGCAUCAACCUCGUCUCAGCUCUUCACUCCUCUCCUCCGUUUCCCGCCGCCGUCGGCUCUCAGAGGAGAUUCUUCCGACCCAUCCUCCCCUCAUCCCAGUCUGCUCACACUCUGGAACGUCAGUUGCAAUCUUAUGCAGGAACACUGGAGUCCUUCAGAGAGGACCUGUCGUACCUGCAGCAAAACCUACCAGAGGGCAAAAGAGCCAAAGCCAAGGAGCUGGAGGAGCAUCGCAUCAGAGCGGAGUACCUGCAGCACGAGAUGUCUCGCUACGAGAUCUACAUCCAGGGGCUGGAGGCAUGGAAGAGCGUGAAGGAGACAGGAGGCAGCAUGAUGAGCGUUGCAGACCUGAAACGGUUCGAUAAUGCAGUGUGCGUAGACUGUGUGGGCGAGGAAGAUGAGGUGGAAGGCGGGCUGAAAAAGUCCUACUCCAGCCCCUCUCUGGAACUGGAGCUGGUACCUCCAACAGUGAUCAAAGUCAGACGCAACAUCUCAGAAAGACGGACUUAUCGCAGGACCAUCAUUCCUCGGUGGAAUAAAGAGGUCUGAGCUGUGUUUUAUGAGCUGCUGCAGUGAGCUGACAAGAAGUUUAGAUAAUAGAUGCACAGAGCAGAGAAGGAAAAAAUAAAGCACUGGAGUCACAUAUAUCUGAGGCCUCAGCAAGUUAGUGUUUUGUUUUUCUGCCUUUUUUAUCUUGUGCACUUUUACAAAAAUAAACCUCAGGGAAUCCCAAACCCUCAAUCUCUCUCAGGAAAGAAAGCGGGAACCUGAUUCAUUUUCCAAGUGACUCAAAAUGUCUGGAGCUAAUUUAUUUAGUUUAGUUGUGUUAACUUUGGUCUGUAGUAGUACUCAAGAAGGUACAAAUAUGCUUUCAUGUGUUUGUUUUACUUCUGGCAAAAAUGUCCCUUUAAGAUGUAGACCACUAGAGGGUGCUGUAGUAUAGCACAUCUGUGAGUAAAAUGAAGGAAACAGGAUGUGAUGUUUUUUUGUUUUUUUAAAGCCGAAUUGCACUUUUAUUGUUUUCGAUAUUGUGUAUUAUAUGUUGAUGACAUCGUUAAAUGUAGUUUUCCAAAUGAAGGGUUUGUUUCCAAAAUGUCAUGUAUUAUUUUCUCUUUGGGGAAAAAAUAAAAUGUUACUUCUGUUCAUCA